GAAGUCCCAGGAGCCCGGAUGUUCAGUACAUAGGGAGGGUCUGGCCUCUUGUUCAGCCUUUUCCUGAGGAGCUAACCACGUUGGUUGCACCCGUUCCUGGCUCACCGCUGUUCGCUUUGAAUUCUCUCGAAUAAGUCGGUCAGGAAUAAUCACAAUGGCUUUUAAGGACACUGGUAAAGCACCUGUGGAAGCUGAGGUUGCCAUUCACCGCAUCCGCAUCACCCUCACCAGCCGCAACGUCAAGUCUCUGGAGAAGGUCUGCGCAGACUUGAUCCGUGGCGCCAAGGAGAAGAGCCUGAAGGUGAAGGGACCUGUCCGCAUGCCAACCAAGACUCUGCGCAUCACCACCAGAAAGACUCCCUGCGGUGAGGGAUCCAAAACUUGGGAUCGCUUCCAGAUGAGGAUCCACAAGCGUCUGAUCGAUCUGCACAGUCCAUCUGAAAUCGUCAAGCAGAUCACUUCCAUCAGCAUCGAACCUGGUGUAGAGGUUGAAGUAACCAUCGCAGACGCAUAAACAACGCAGAUGAUUCAUUAAAGAAAUUAAUAAG